AAAAGACAGAGUGAGUCUUUUCUACGCUCCCUGAUGGCGGAAGGAAACAACACGCUUCUUCUGCUGGCUCUGCUCUUCUCGGCGACCAUACUGGAUCAACAACGUUUCGCUACUGCCGCCAGAGAUGUCGCUCUGCAGCUCGAAAAGGCGGCGACCGCCGCCGCCGGUCUCCAUUACGAGGAACCACCACCGCCGAAGGCCCUUGAAUUAGCCGGAGCCGGUCUAAAUUACGAGGAACCGCCGCCGCCGAAACCCCUUGAAUUAGCCGGAGCCGGUCUGCAUUACGAGGAACCACCGCCGCCGAAGGCACUUGAAUUAGCCGGCGCCGGUCUGCAUUACGAGGAACCGCCGCCGCCGAAGGCCCUUGAAUUAGCCGGCGCCGGUCUGCAUUACGAGGAACCGCCGCCGCCGAAGGCCCUUGAAUUAGCCGGCGCCGGUCUGCAUUACGAGGAACCGCCGCCGCCGAAGGCCCUUGACUUAGCCGGCGUCGGUCUGCAUUAUGAGGAACCACCGCCGCCGAAGGCCCUUUAAUAAGCUUGUCAGUCGUAGCAAAAGAUUGCUGAUAAUAUAGAUACAUGAAUGCGUAACCAUGAAUAAAGAGCUGAAU